UGCCGCAGAUUGUUAAUAAGGUAAACUUCGAUUUACAGUUUGAGAUUACAAAAAAAAUCCAUAUACAAUUAACAUUUGAUUGAAGAGAAAUCUACUAAAAUGUGCAAGCUACUUGUCAUAAAUGUUAUAUUAGGAUAUGUUGCUGCCAAACAUGAAAAUAACAUAUAUAUUCCGCUGGUAAAGAUGCAUAGUGAUGAAAGUAGCGAGUCAGAUUUUGAUAAAUUAUCUGACACAGACGAAUACAUAGAGAAAAUAUUUGCUAACAUUUCAAACCGUCUUAAGUGUACCUGCGAUUCAAACAGAACAGACGUUGCCACAAAAGCAGAUCUUGUGGAGUUAAAGGGAGACAUUAUUGCAGAUAUUUCUUCUCUUAUGCUAGAUGUACAUAAACCGAAACCCAUUGACUGUGGAGAUAUUUACAAUGAAGGUAACAAUAAAACUGGCAUUUACACUAUAUACCCUAUUUCCAAUAAGAAAGGCAUCUCAGUACGUUGCGAUAUGAACACAUCAGGUGGUGGGUGGACUGUUAUCCAAAGGAGGGUUUCUAUAAGCGACUUUUAUAAGACAUGGGACGAAUAUGAAACUGGUUUUGGCAACCUUAGAGAUAACUUUUAUCUUGGGAACCGUUUUAUACAUGAGAUCACAAGCCAAGACAAAUAUCAGCUACGAGUUGACCUAACCAGCUUUCAAGGAGAAUCGGCAUUUGCAGAGUACAGUCAGUUUUCUAUUGGUGAUUCUGACUCCAGUUACAUCCUGCAUGUUGGCGGAUACUCUGGUACUGCAGGUGACUCUCUGAAGAGUCAAAAUGGAAUGAAGUUUACUACAAAUGACCGAGACUACGACACCGAGAAGGGUUCUAAUUGUGCAGUUAAAUAUCAUGGUGCAUGGUGGUACAGUAACUGUCAUCAAUCAAACCUAAACGGACUGUAUGGUUCUAACGUCUUCGGAACGGGUACAAACUGGAAGGGGUGGAAAGGAUAUUACACUUCAAUGAAAACCAUAGAAAUGAAAAUUCGUCGAAAGAAAUAGAUCUUUUCUACAGUACUGUGUAUCUUUUCUGUGUAUCUUGGAUGUUUGUUAAGUAGCAGCACAUAUUAAAAGUUUAUCAAGUGUACAUAAUACAUAAAAGGAAAUAAAAAAAAGUUUUUUAUUACAACAAAGUUUUGUAUAAGUAUUAUAUGAUUAGUAUCUACUUAAUACAUUACAUUCUAAUACCGUAAAAAUUGUGUAUUUAAGUUUAAAAUGCGAAUAAAAAGAAUAUUUGAAAGAAAUUACUGAUAAGAAAUACAGAAAUAUAUUACAAAAUUUAGAAUUUCAUCACAUAAUCGUUAAAUAAAAUCUGAAAGAUAAUUACAACGAUACGCCACGAGAAUAGAGACUCUGCAAAUCGUGCAAUAUGAAAACCAUUGAAAAAGAACACCAUUUUUGCAAGUAUGUCCAUUUCAUCGUGACUUAAGAAUUAAAGUUAUUAAACAAUAUUUUUAUCGCUGGUUAAAUCGUUUAAUAAUCAACAAAAUCUGUUCUACUGAAUUUAGCAAAAUAUAUUUAUUUUGCAAUGAAAAAACGCAUCUUAUAAUUCAUAUAUACUCUGUAUGCUUAAACAUGAUCUUUUUACACAUUCUAUUUUUCCUUAAUAACUAGAUUUUUUUUCUAUUUACGUAUUUGUAACAAAAUAUUGAGUAUAUCUAGACUAUUUAUGAUAAUUUUUUAUAAUAUAUAAUUAAGAACUUAUUUAAAAUUUCAUUUCUUCUGUUGCCGAACAUCUUUAUUGACUCUAAACAUAUGUCUAUGUUUUAUGCUGAAUAAAAUUUUGUAUUUGCUUUUGUAAAUAUUUCCGUUAGAUUUAAUAUUUUGCGUUUAAAAAAACUGUAACUAUGAUAAAGGAGUUCUUUUAUUAUAUUACUUAAUAUAUUUUACGCAUUAACAAGCUUCCGAAUGAACACCCUUUUUCAGUUUUUUUAUAUAUAUUUCAUUCAUGAGAGGAAAGAAGUGUAAGUUAUUAACAUUAUUAUCACUUACCAAAAUAUUUUUAUGUUCUUUUUUUUGUAUUCAAAUCAUUUUGUAAUAUAGUGUAAAAAUAUAUAUUUCUUAUCUUUAUUAAAUUUUAAAUAAUAUAAUUGACUUGUGUGCUUAUCGUCUAGUGUUUAAAAUUAAUGUACCAUACUUCCUUAGGUUAAAUCAUUGGUGUUUAAAAUAAUAUUAGAAUGAUGAAAUAAAAUAUUGACGAUUUCAUUUUGUAAUUUGUAGUGACGCGUUUCAAAUUUAUGAAAGACACGCGCAUUAUACAAAUUAUUUACACUGAUCAAAAAGAUGUUUCAUCAUUAAGUACUAAUGUGUAAAAUAAAGAAUUGCAUUAAUUAAAUAACUAAUCAUUAAAUUAUUUGAAAACAUUUCAAUAUGUUAAUUAAUAAUCAUCACAAGUUUGAAUUAUGUCUUUAUUUUUGCCUUUCAAGAGAUAAAAUAAGCAUUUCAAACAUUUAUAUUUUUAAUAUUCUGAAGCAAAUACGUUAUUUCUUCAUCUUUCUAGAUUUUAUUUUCAAUUUGUGAUAACAUUUCUUUUUUUUUAAUUUAAACAAAAUAUGAAAUUUCAUAUUCACCAACAAUGUUCUAAAAUCAAUGGCGUUUUGUGAAUAUUUUAGUACUUUUAUGAAACGAUUUAGAUAUUUAUGUCAAGAACACGUGUAUCUCCAUAUGUUGAAUUAAUUUUUAAUUCAUCUAGAUGUUCAAAAACCUAAAACAAUUGUAAACACUUAUGUACCUAAUCAAAAUUGCCAUG